AGGCCAAGAAAUGGAAGAUUCUCAGAGUGGUGAGGAAAACGCUGAUAUUGAGGAAACAAUUCCAGGCGAGUCCAGUGAUGAUCUAGAUAUUGGAGAUAUAGAGAACACACGUAAGCGUCAGUUGGGGAAGAAAGCAUCGAAACAACUAAAGAAAACAGGGAGAGCAAAAUCCAAUGCCCAGGAGGAAAUGCUAGAGGAUAUAAUUAAGGAGCAGCAAAGUUUCAAUGAACAUUACAAAGCACAAUCACUAAUGAAGAUGGGACAGAGACAAGCUGAGUUUGAAGCAAUACAAGCUAAGUCUGCGGCAAAGUUUGCGGCGAAACAAGCUAGGCAAGAAAAACUCGAUUUAAAGAAAGAAGCGGACGAUGACUUGGCCAUAAUGUUGAAGGAUGUCUCUACAUUGGACACUGUAACAAGAGAGUACUUCGAACUUCGAAAGAUGGAAAUACUACAACGCAAAAGAAACCAAUCUUAAAGCAUGACCGAAU